GGGCCCGCGGUGCCGCUAAAUGCGGCCCGCGCUGAGGGCUCGGCACGGAGCUGUCACCAUGGCUGACAAGAGCUGCUGUGGCUUCCUGCCGUCCUUCGAGCACUUCGCCACCAACGCCAUCCACGUCGCCCAGGACCCCGAUCAGUGGAACUCCAGGGCUGUGAUACCGCCCGUCACGCUCUCCAUCAGCUUCAAGAAGGACCCCGAGAAGGACCAGCCUUAUGUGUACAGCCGGUUUGGGAACCCGAACCGACACAUCCUGGAGGAGGUUGUGGGCACCCUCGAUGGAGCUGGAGGUCGAGGACAGAAUUGGGCAAACCUGGCUGCUGCUGAUGGAGCCAAAUACUGCUUGGCUUAUUCCUCUGGAGUGGGAGCAAUUCUGAACAUCUGUCACCUGCUGAAGACAGGAGACAAAAUUGUCUGCACACGUGAUGUCUAUGCAGGCACAAGAAACUUAUUCAAUGAAAUAGCAGAGAAGUAUAAAUUGAAAGUGGCUUAUGUUGACUUCACAAACCUAGACACAGCGAAGAAGGAAAUUACACCAGACACCAAGCUGGUUUGGCUGGAGACCCCCUCGAACCCCACGCUGAAGGUGCUCGACAUCAGAGCCUGUGCAGACCUGGCUCACGGGAACAAAGAACAAAAAUGUCGGCCACUGGUGGCAGUGGACAACAGCUUCAUGUCUCCAUAUUUCCAGCGUCCUUUGUCCCUGGGGGCUGAUAUUUCUAUGUCCUCUGGAACCAAAUACAUCAAUGGGCACAGUGAUGUUCUCAUAGGCCUGGUCUCUGUAAACUGCAAAAAACUCUACGAGAGGCUCAAAUUCCUGCAGAUCCACCUGGGAGCUGUCCCCUCCCCCUUUGACUGUUACAUGUGCAACCGUGGGCUCAAGACUCUGCACAUCAGGAUGAAGCUGCACUACCAAAACGGCCUGGCCGUGGCCAAGUUCCUGAAAUCCCAUCCCAGGGUGGAGACGGUCCUUUACCCAGGGUUGUGUUGUCACCCCCAGUACGAAGUGACAAAGAGGCAGUGCACAGGUGUUUCUGGGAUGGUCAGCUUCUACAUCAAAGGGAACAUCAAAAAUGCCUUUGCCUUCCUCAAGAGCCUGAAGAUCUUCACCGUGGGUUUCAGCCUGGGUGGCUUCGAGAGCCUGGCAGCACAUCCGGCCACCAUGACCCACGCCUCGAUUCCCAAGCAGGAGUUGGAAGCUCAGGGAAUCACUGACACCCUGAUCCGCCUCUCGGUGGGGCUGGAGGAUGAGAAGGAUUUGCUCGAAGACCUGGAGCAGGCCCUGGAUGCUGCGUUUAAAUAAACCUUGAGGAUCUAAAAGGAACUUGGAACUGGACAUGGCUGUGGACAAGGACAUGGAAACCAAACCUCUCCUGCUCUGCCUCUCUUUGCCAGCAGAGCUCAGUGUUUCUCCUGCUGCUGCAGGCCUUUUGGUGUGAGGGCUUCUUUUUUACUACUCUCAGGUAAUCUCAGUCUUCAGUUACUACUCUCAUCUCUUCUCACCCAUCAGCUCAGCUAAAAAUCUUGAUUGACCUCAGAUUUAUUUAAAUUUGUUUGGAGAUUUGGAUAAAAGCUUUUCCUUCUCUCGAAGUUUUAUGCAACAUUGAAGAUGAAGGGAAAUCCAACAUCUGGAAAUGAUAACUUUCUAAAGAUGGAUCAUUGUAAUUUGAAAAAAAUCAUGUGCUGUGGGAAUUAUUGCAAUCAAUUGAAUUAAAACUCUUUUCCUUUCUUUGCUUAUAUUCCCAUUUGCACGUGCUCCUGGUGUUCAGAAUCAGGGGAUGGAGUGACCCUGGAGCUGUUGGAAUGUUCCUGUGGGAAGGCAGGAGGGGCUGGGGCUGAGUCAGGACAAUUCUGUAUUGGCACACCCAGAGCAGCCUUCACUGCACAGAGGGAUUAAAUCCUGACACCAGCCAAGUGAAGAUGUUCCCACCCAACCCUCCUCAUUGCACACAGUCCCAGCCUGGUUUGGCUGGGAUGCACCUCGAAGCCACCCAGUGGCACCCUGCCAUGGCAGGGACACCUCCCCCUGUCCCCCUGUCCCAGCCCUGCCCAGCACUGGGCACUGCCAGGGCUCCAGGGCAGCCCCAGCUGCUCUGGGCACCCUGUGCCAGGGCUGCCCACCCUGCCAGGGAGCAGCUGCUGCCCCAGCUCCCUGCCCUGUGUCCGUGUGAAGCCAUUCCCCUUUCCCUUGUCCCUGCAGGGCUCCUGCUGACCCCAGCUCAGCUCCUGCAGUCCCUGAGCUCCAGGGGUUCUCCAGGCAGCCCAGCCCGUGCUGUGCCCUGCAGCUGCUGCUGCUGCCUGGGAGCAGCAGCUCUGCUCUGUGUCACA